CAAACAGCACAUUCGGUCAGUUAGAGUUCUGAAGACACCUUAAGGCAAGCAGGAUGAUUUCCAGAGUGUGGUUGUUAUUGUGGUUCUGUGGUUUAACUCUGGCUCAGGAUGGGGUUCCUGAAACAGAAGUGACCGCUGAAACAGAGUCAUGCUCUCCUAAUAUGUGCAAGUUCCUCAAAGAGUUUUGGGCCAUAAAAGAGAAACAAAAAACUAUGGAAACAAGCAUGAACGAGAAGCAGGAGGCUCUUGAAACAAAGCUGAAGGAGACCGAAAAACUGGUUCUGGAGCUAAAGGAGAAAGGUAUUUUUGCUGCACCUGUUGCAGGUACAUAUUACUUCACCUUCUUUUAUCAUGCCGGAGCAUCGGAACCUGUAAGGCUAGCCCUUAUGAAGAACAAUGAGGUUAUUGUGACUGCCUACGACCAUAAGACAUCUCAUGAUGGGGCUGAUAAUGGAGGAAAUGCAGCAUUUCUGCAACUGCAGCAAGGAGACCAUGUCUAUAUGCGGUUAGGUUCUAAUACUAAUGUCUGGGGGGACAGCCAAAUCACUACAUUCAGUGGGAUUCUUCUGCAUUCACCCUGAAAUGAAGUAUACAGGAGUUUUUUUGUUUGUUUUUAUCAAUUAUCACAUUAAUAUUUCUGGUCCUUUGAUGCUGUAUGUGGACCCACUGGAAUUAACCGAGAUAAAAAUGUAUCAAAUAAAGAAAAGAUCUUUAAAAGUUUUUGAAAGAAAAAUGUUUUAAUCUGUUUCACCUGUUUGAUUGUUUUUUGUCAUAUUCCUGAUAAUUGAAACAUAGUAGACAAAAACCUGAGGAAUGUGUACUUGAGAAUGGGGACAGCUGGGUCUGUUUUUUUUCUCAACCAGAUCUAAUGAAACUAUCACGCUUGAUAAAACCCUCCCCAUCAUUGUUAGAACAGAGGAAAAGUUCAAGAUCAUUUUCUACAUUUAUCGAAAAAUAAGGGUUUUCAUUGUGAAAGCAUUUUAUUAAUGUGAUGUAUUUUGUAAUACUGUCAUUGACAUUUGUAUGAAUGAUAUAUGCAAGUAUUAUGCAAGUAUUAUGCACAUAGAGAUUGCGCAGCUGGGUAUGAUAUACAUAUAUACAGUGAUGGACGGUAUUCAGUUCAAUUCAGUUUGUUUAUAAAGCUCCAAUUAUUUAUAUAGCUCCAAUUCACAACAUGUCAUCUCAGGACAUCUAGAGAGAUAAUUGAACCAGAUCAUACAGGCAGAUUAGUUCAAAGUUUUCUAUCUAAGGAACACAUUUACUUGAAAGCAAUCCCUCUCAACAAGCAUACUUAAGUGACAGUGGAGAGGAAAACUCGCUUUUAACAAGAAGGAACCUCCAACAAAACCAGAAUCAGUGUGAGCUGCCAUCUGCCGAGGCCAACUGUGGUUCGAGGAGACUGAAGCAGUCAUAGAAAAAGAAGCAGAGUUAUCAGAGGUAACUUUCAAACAGCUCCACAGCUCCCCAUCCAGGAAACACAUAACCAGGCAGAUGAACUCCGAGCCAGCCCCUACAUCAGAGGAUGAAAAAGAGCACAACAUUUUUCAGAGAAUUUGUUAUCCACCAACAUGAAAAAAGAAUGUGAAGUAGUUUAUGCCGUUAACAGGUGACACAAAAAUACCUAGGAAAAUAACAUAUUUUUUU